AUGUGCCCGGGGCUCCCCAAGUGCCGGGGUGCGAUGGGAGACCAGUCACUGAGCGAGGGACGGCAGGACCCUGGGGCCGACCGUGGGGGUCGCUUCUCCGUGCUGCCGGUCCCGGGCGGGGCGGCCGCCGACAGAGGCGGAGGUGGGGACACCGGUUCACCAGCCACCGCACUUUCUCCAGUGGGAGCAGCAGGAGGAGGAGCUGCACAACCCGCCCCGUCUCUGCCCCUCGGUCACUCACCCGGGCCGCCCGCCGUCCGCAGCUCCGCCACCGGCCCCGGAAACCCCGCCGGGAAAUGA